AUGAGCCCUUUAUAUGAAAAAAGGAGACAAAUAUUAUGCCGAACCCUCGUGUUUCUAUUUUCCCUUUUUCAUCUUUAUACAGCGUUGGCAAUUCAUCAUGAUUUUAAACGUAAAACAUGGACGAGCCUUCUAUUCGUCGGUUUUAUUGGAUGGAUUCUCUUUGAUAGCGCUGGUGAUUUGAAUCGCCUUCGCCCACUAAUUGCUAUUCUUUUCUAUCUAAUAUUUUGCGUGAUAUUCUCGGCAAAUCCUUCUCGAAUUAAAUGGAGGCCAGUGAUUGGUGGUUUUAUUCUACAAAUCUCUUUCGGACUUCUCGUUCUUCGUUGGCCAUCCGGUCAACGUGGUCUACACUUUAUUUCGAAUAAAAUUGUCGGAUUUCUCGACUUCACUACCGCGGGCACUAUUUUCAAUUUCAAUUUCAUAGCCUCACCACCAAAUAUUUGUGGAAUGGGUUAUGUUUUUUUCUUUACGAGUCUUCAAAUCGUUAUCUAUUUUGCUGUUUUCGUUUCGAUUCUCAAUUAUUUUCGUGUAAUCGAAUUUGUACUCUCAAGAAUUGCGGUGAUGAUGCAGUAUACAAUGGGAACAACAGCUGCCGAAAGUCUCAACGCAGUUGCAUGUAUUUUUGUUGGCCAGACCGAAGCUGCAAUUUUGAUCGGUCCAUCAUUGGGAACAAUGACUGAGAGUGAAAUUCAUUCUGUGAUGACUGCAGGAUUUGCAUGCAUUGCUGGUUCGCUCUUCUCAGCCUACAUUUCUUUUGGGGCACAACCAGCUUAUCUUUUAUCGGCCACUGUAAUGAACGCAACUGUUUCUUUGGGAAUCUCAAAAAUGGUUUAUCCGGAAAUGCAAAAGUCUCGUCAAAAAAGGCGAAUUCUUUCAAAUUCGACACACAGUCACGCAAAUCUGAUUGUUUACAUUGCGCUUCUCGCCUUUCUCAAUGACGCCGUUGGUUAUUUCGGUGAUUUGGUUGGGAUCACAGAUCUUAGUUUUAAUAAGUUACUUGGAUAUCUUUUUUUCCCUUUCGCUUAUUUGAUGGGUGUUUCCGAUGCCGAAAAUCAUGAGAUACAAGUGGAAGAGAGUUUUCGAGUGGCUGAACUAAUGGGAAUCAAAACUUUUCUAAACGAGUUUAUUGCCUAUCAAAAACUCAAGGAAAUGGUUGUAGCGGGUAGUUUGAAAGGAGCAAGAGCUCAAAUGAUUGCCACAUAUGCUUUGUGUGGUUUUUCUAAUAUUUCGAUGAUUGGCAGUCAAUUGGGGAUUCUUGGAAGUUUAUGUCCGUGGAGAAAAGGGAUCUUUGCCAAGGUGGUGGUGAGAGCUCUUUUCAGCGGAUGUAUUUCAUGUUUCAUCACUGCUUCUAUUGCAGAUGAAUUUGUCUUUUUUUGCGUAAUUGAGUUAUUGCAGAAAACGGCGGACCGCAGUGUGCGCUUCAUGAUGAGUGAUUCGGAACGGGAAGGAGCUUUGGAAAAAGGAGGGAAAAAGGGUGGAAAUGGACCAUCACACUCUCUACUUUUCCUUUUAAUUGCUUUGAUUGCCCUUCUAAUCGCUGGUGGUGUCAUUCUUUUCUUUCUUCUCACCGCUUCAUCGAUACAAGGCAGAUCUGGAAAUGAAACGAUUAUUGAAACAGACGGUCUGCGAAAAGAGCCGAUUAUCACUCGACCAAUUGGGAAUCGGAUCACUGAAGGCAACUCUGAGGAACUACCAGAGUAUACCACCAAGAAGUACGACUCAUCAACCCGAACUCCAUCAACCGAUAACGAAGAAAUCAGCAUUGAAAGCUCAACAGGAGAAGAUUGGCAAAGCACAUCCUCUUUUUCAAAUUCAACAGCUUCCCCUUCUCAACUCACCACUACUGUGUCUUCUCUAAAAAAUCCUCUGAAAACUAUUCCUCCAUUUGUUAGUCAGAAGCAAGAGGUCAUUGAUAAAUGUAAUUCACUGGAGAUCGAUGCCAACUCGUGUCCAGUUUCCAUCGCAAAUGCUGACAACAGUGACUUCAACGAAACCGACGUUGUUGACGGUGGAUUUUCGGGUUUCAAGCCUCUUCACUACAAUGUAUCAUUGUUGGUUCGAAGUAUUCAAGAUCUUGAACUAAGUGGAUCUGUUCGUCUUCAUCUCGAAGCUAUCAAUCCAUCAAAUAAGAUUGUACUUCAUAUGGGCGAUGGCUUAAGAUUGGUCAACGAUAAGUCUCUGAAAGUGAUCUCUUGUUCAAAAGAAAAAGUGAUUUGCGUGACGAAUAUCCAUCAUGAUCAUCAGAAAAGUAUUUUGAGAGUCGUGUUGAGCGAAGAGGUUUCAUCUGGAGACAAUAUUCGCAUCGACAUCGAUCAAUUCUACUCAAAAAAUGCAAUCUCAUUGUUUAUGCAACGUCCAGGAUACACAAAGGCUCCAGAAAUGCUCGGCACACAGAUGCAAAUUGGCGGUGCUCGACGCAUUUUCCCCUCUAUCGAUCUUCCAACAUUUAAGAGUCCUUUCAUCCUUUGUGUCAGCCAUCCAUCAACUUUCAACGUUCGCUCAAAUAUGAAAAGGCAAAUCAACGAUGGAGACAGCAUGGACCGUUAUGUUCGUCAUUAUCAUAAAACGUGUUUCGUCCAAACCCUGCCACUUGCCACUCAUCAAAUCGCAUUCGUCGUUUCUCAAAAUGCUUAUUCAAAAGUCUUCAACUCGAGCAGCUUUGAUUUCCCUCAAACUCCCGAUCUUGAAGUCCUUUUCUCACAGGCUGAGAAAAAUAUCAACAAACUUCUUGAAGCAAGAUGGCUUCCGGAUGAAGUGGCCAGAAUGAUCUCAACAAUGCGAGAAUGGACGGGUGUUGGAUAUCCCCUUGAUCGACUUACAAUUGCAUCAGCUCCUCUCAUCGGUCCACAUGGUACAGCCACCGGUGGUCUUGGGCUUAUUAUCCUUCCCGCAACUGCAAUCGAACACGAGAAACAUCUUCGAUCGCACACACAUUUAUUGAGAGCAGUGAUCGGUCAAUGGAUUGGUGGCAUUGUCGGACCUCGAAGCAAUCAUGAUCUCUGCCUUCAGGAGGCAUUGAUCGGAUAUUUGGAAGCCAAAGUGCAUGAAGAUAUCAAGAUUACUCCGAUUGUCAAUCGAACUCGAGUGAAGAGUCUUGCUGAAAUUGAAAAGAGCAAAAAUCUUGAAGCACGAAACACUCGAGCAUUGACUCCAGAACAGACAAUGCAUAUUUGUGGAGAGAAGGGAAUGACUCUUUUCUAUAGUCUUGAUGAGACAUUUGGGCCAAAUACGGUACUUGGAAUGCUUAAGCUCGUUUUCGCUCAACACAGCUUUGAUUAUGCCAGUGCCAAUGACUAUGCGAAAGCUCUUGAGGCUCAAACUCGAUCGAGAACUGCUGGUGAAUUGUUGAAGAAAUGGUUUCGAUCUUCAUCGCCACCAAUUGUUCUUCUAAAAGUUCAAUCAAACGAGAUUAUGGUCACUCAACCCUCAUCGGAUUCCUGGGAAAUGCCAAUUGAAAUCGCUGGUUCAACUGGUGUUCAACUAAUCGAUAUCAAAGGAAAUGAGUCAAUUCCCUAUCAAUCAACAGAUUAUGUGAUUGCUGAUCCGAAAAGAAGAAGUGUCGCCUUUGUUGGAUAUGAUUUGGAAACAUAUUUGCGCUUGAUGAGAUGUUGGGAUGAUUCUCGGUGUCCGGCAAAUAAAGAUGAUCUCAAGGGACUUUUCAAAGAUUUUGGAGCACUUCUCCUCAACAAAUAUAUUAUGGACUCAAAUAAAGCAAAUGGAGGUCGAUGGAAGGAACUUUUCCAAUUUCUCGUCACUCAGAAACUUCUUCAAGGCGAUCAAGCUUGCUGUGCCACCUAUGCAGUCAAUCCUCAAGCACCCACAGAUGGACGAUGCUUCUUUGUGGUGAAAGAUGUGUGCUCGAAAGUGGAUCUUAUCGAAAAAGUUGCUCAUCAA